AAGUCAACUGCCUCUCCAUAGAUAUAUAUAUAUAUAUACAUACAAACAUAUAUACAUAGAUAGAGAUUUGAAGUAGAUGGAGAAGCUGUUCAAGUUUGUGGGAGAGAAUGGAGAGUGCAAGCUUAAUAAUCUUCCUCCGGGACUUCGGUUCGAGCCGACGGAUGAGGAGAUUGUCUUCCAAUACUUGGCUUCCAAGACAUUUUCGCAUCCCUCGCCGCCUUGUGUCAUUCCUGAAAUCGAUCCUUUCACCUUAAGCGAUCUUCCUCCCGCAGGCGGCGACACUUCAUCAUCAAGGGAUCAAGAGAGGUACUUCUUUUGCACUAUGAAGACGAUGACGACAAUGAUGAGGAGACGCAGGAGAUGUACAAUAUUAAGUGGACGCAAUGGUUUUUGGAAGGACAACGUUGGAUACGACAAACCUAUUGUGUGCUCGAAAUGUAGUAGUUUAAGGAUGUCUAUGCCUAUGCAGCUUGUGGGGAUCAAAAGGACUUUAGUGUUCUACAAGGUUAUUAAGCAGAAGAAUGAUAGAUAUCGAGCUAUCCCGACAAAUUGGAUCAUGCAUAUGUACCAUAUUGCCCUAAUUCAUUCCCAAAACAAAAACAACAACAUCAAGAUCACACCUACUUCUCAGAGCUCGAUUAUCCGGAGAGGGAAUUGGGUGUUGUGCCACCUACAUCUGAAGAACAAGAUCACUAAUAAAUCAGAUAAGGUUUACCCACAAGAGUCGAUUAUUAGUGAUGAGGACACUCAAUCUGAAUCUGAAUCUUCUUCGACUGCUUCUUCGUCACCAUCCUCGGAUCGAAGCUCUAUCAGUGAAGUCUCGUCGGACACAAACUAAUAUAUGAAGGGACAAUCAUAUCACUGCCCAAUAGGGUGUUCUCCCUUUUCAUGCCUUUUUUUUUUAUUUCUUCAUGCUUCAAUAUUAUUCAAUGUAGCUAUACAUUAUGGAUAAUUGUCUUAGCUAGGUAGUAAGAGAGAAUUAUGAGUGUUCUAAGAGCUGCAUUUAAAUUGAUUUGUUCUAUGAAUUGCAAUAAAGGAGGAACUAUCAUUAAUUCUUUCAA